AUGCUCAAGUACGAAUUUGCGCCUAAAUCAGCGCUACAAAGCAAUAUAAAAUUGCGCAAACUACCUUUGAAACAGUUGCUUGGAGAUCUUUUGAACUUCGACUUGUUAACUUACGAAGGAGUAAAAGUGCAUCAAGGCUAUAGGCUUACAUGGAAGGGCUUUGACUAUUUAGCUUUGCAUCACAUUAUUGGAGCAGGUUUGAUUACUUCGGUUGGUCCCCGUAUAGGCGUUGGAAAAGAGGCAGAUAUUCACAUUAUUCUUAUUGACAUAGCCAAACUUGGUUACGUCCAUGGUGACUACAACGAGUUCAACAUUAUCGUUGACGAAGAAAAUGUUGUAUCAGCAAAUUCUAUCACGAUUAUUGAUUUUCCACAGUGUCUUAAGACCAGUCACCAUGCCGCGCCUGAAUAUUUCGACCGUGACUCGAUGUCCAUUAAAGUGUUCUUUGAACGUAGGUUCAAAUAUGUUUUGGAUCAGAUUCCAACUUGGGCUGACAUUCAAGCUGAACUAAACUUAUCAGAGCUCGAUUCAAACGAAGCUGACUUCAGUUCUGGCCAGGACGAAGAAAAAUCCGAUGGAGAGGACAUUUUUGAGGCCCUUCAAUCUGACAUCGAAAACGAGGAAAAUCACGAAAUAAGUAAAUAA